GAGCCGAAGAGUAACAGAAAGCUGUAUAAAUAUAGCAGAGAUUCCAAUCACCCUCAAGCUGGUUUUAUCUCUCUCUCUCUCUCUCUGGUCAAGAAAAACCAACUUCUAAAGAUAUACCAUUCUUGCAACCUCUUCUUAAUCCCUUAUUUCUCUCUCUCUGAAUUUAUCUGGCUUUUUUUAUCCUUUUCCUCUCUUGGUUACUCUCUGUUCAAGAAAAACUUGUUAAAAAACUAUGUAGGAAGUUGGAUACCCAGGUUUCUUUGUUUCUGGGUAUUUGAUACAAUUUUCAAUCAAGGAGCUUUCUUUCUUUGAUAAAGGUUGAAGAUACCAGACACCCAGAACUUUUUAACGAAUGGCUAUGGAAGAAGGAGAAUCCCAGGAAAUCCCAGAAAUGGAAAUGCAUAAUGAUGAAAAGAAGAGGGACUUCAUCCUUGAUGACCCCUCACCAAGGGGUGUAUUAGAAAUUCCUAUUUUAAGUCCUGACUCUGAUCACAGCGGUAGCAGCAGCAGCUCGAAUUCUACCGAGAAAUUAGUCCCUGAAAGAGAGGCGACUCGAGAGGGUAAUUUGUCACAAUGGAAGAACUUACUUGACUCGUUUAAGAAGAAAUCGAUGAGGAGGUUUUCAGUGAUUCCAUCGUUUACCAACUAUGAUAUUAUUGCUAAGAGCAGUUUGAAAAGGAAAUUGACUAGAAUGCAGAAUUCCCCAGGUGUGGUGAUUGAUUGGGAGGGCAUGCCAAUUCCUAAACCAUCCUGGAGAAAUUUUGAUUAUGCAGAACUUGAGGCUGCAACUGAUAAAUUCAGUUCUGAGAACUUGAUUGGGAAAGGGGGCCAUGCAAAAGUGUACAGGGGGUGUUUAUCUGAUGGUCAAGUUGUAGCUGUGAAGAAGCUAGUCAAGACUGAAAAGGAACAAGAGGAUAGAAUUGGCGAUUUUUUAUCUGAGCUUGGGAUUAUUGCACACAUAAACCACCCCAAUGCUGCUAAAUUGCUUGGUUUCAGCAUCGAUGGUGGUUUGCAUCUUGUCCUUGAAUUUUUACCCCAUGGCAGCCUUGCUUCUGUUCUCCAUGGUGGAGGAGAUUGUCUAGAAUGGAAGAAAAGGUUUAAGGUAGCUGUAGGAAUAGCAGAAGGAUUGAAGUAUCUCCAUCAUGAUUGCCAAAGACGCAUUAUCCACAGAGACAUCAAAGCCUCCAACAUAUUGCUUGGUGAAGAUUAUGAAGCUCAGAUUUCUGAUUUUGGAUUGGCAAAGUGGCUUCCAGAAAAUUGGGUUCACCAUGUUGUCUUUCCUAUUGAGGGCACAUUCGGAUAUUUGGCUCCAGAAUAUUUUAUGCAUGGGAUAGUCAAUGAGAAGACUGAUGUAUUUGCUUAUGGGGUUUUAUUACUAGAGAUAAUAACAGGUCGUCAUGCAGUUGACUCGAGUAGACAAAGCCUUGCAAUGUGGGCAAAACCACUUUUACAGGAAAACAAUGCUAAAGAUGUAGUUGAUCCACGACUCGGGGAUGAUUAUGAUCCUAUCGAAAUGAAGCAUGCCAUGUUAACAGCUUCAGAGUGCAUUAACCACCUACCAUCAAUGCGUCCACACAUGAACCGGGUUGUGCAGCUGCUGAGGGGUGAGGAAACACCUAUGGAAUUGAAGCAAGAGACUAAUGCUGGAAGGGCUGUGAUUUUAGAUGGUUGUGACAUACAAGAUUAUACUUGCACCACCUACCUCAAUGACCUCAAUCGCCACAUGCAACUUGUGAUGGAGUAGUGUUUUGUUUGAAUACACAUAGGAGGAGCCAUUGCUGUUUCUGCUGCUUUAGUUUUCCUGUGUGUAGACAUGGGGAAAAAAUGUUUAAAAUGCCAUUUUCUGCGUCAACAAUUUUCUCCUUCUAGUGUCUUUCCACAGGAUUUUCCCCCAAAGGGUUGUUUGACACAAAAAUCAUAGAGAACAGUAAUGAAGAACAAUCACAUUACACAUGUAAUUAAAAAUUAAAUCUCGAGCAAGAAAAUGAAAACACACUUUUACAUACCAUUAAUCUG